AAAAAAAGCCCUAUGAGCCAAGACGCUAAAAUUCAUAGUUUCCAAGCCACAGGUAUUCUAAUAAUUUGAAAUAUAAAAAAAUGAUGACUUGUUUUUAUUUAUUUUUAGGAGAGAUAUUUUAAAAAAUUCGGUGACUUUCAUGAAAUAUAUAAACUAUUUAUUUGCAAGGGAUGAAACGUUAGGGCGUUUUCACCCUCAUAUAAUAAUGUGACCAAUCAAAAUAAACCUCGAGUUAAUAAUACCCCUGAGUCGACGAAUCAGAUUGAAUGGAGGCGUGGUUAAGACUGAUAUCAUACCGCAGAAUCCGCGUUUUGAUCCAUCGAUAAUCUCUGGCUCUCCACUUUAAACUCAAACAUUAUCUGACAAACAUCUAGACAAUUUUUUUUAUUUAUAUAUUUAUAUAAAUAAAUAUAUAUGAAUAGAUAAUAGUUAACUGAGAUCAUUAUAAAUUUUUUUAAAGUGAAAAGUUUGAAUUUUAUGUAUUAAUUGAGACAAGUGUAAUAAAUGCUGUGAUUAUUUUUUUUUUAAGUUAGAAAAAAUAUAUUAACAUAUUUUUAUUUAUAAGGAUAUGAGCUACAACGAACCGUUGUGGGAAAUUAACGGAAAUCAAGCACCAAUAAUAAGCAGCGAAAUGUCACAAUACAUCGGAAGUGAAAUGGCAUCAUACCCAAUGUGGGACAGUUCAGUUCUUUACCAAACACCACCCCCAUCAUUAUCACAUGUCAACGAUCACGUCAAUGGAUUUUAUCGUCAACCUUGUGCUCUACUCCAUCAAAGAGAUAUUGAUAGCCGUUAUAGUCAUAAUGGACGUCUGCCUAAUCAACCGACCUCAACGAGUAAGAAACCUCGUCGAAGGGUUGCUUCUGUUUCGCAGAGACGAGCCGCUAACAUCCGCGAACGACGGAGAAUGUUUAACCUCAAUGAAGCAUUUGACAAAUUACGCAAAAAGGUACCAACGUUUGCAUACGAAAAAAGACUUUCAAGAAUCGAAACCCUACGUCUGGCUAUAACUUAUAUUGCAUUUAUGGAUGAAUUACUCGGUAUUGAACCUACAAGCCCGAAAACUGAUUACAUUCCUCGUGAAUACUAUUUACCAAAUUAAAAUAAUAUCAUUUCUUCAGAAUGUGUUACAAUAAUUUUAAACUAUAAUAAAGCGUCAAAUUUUUUUUUUCUUUGUUUAUUUUAUUUUGUUGUAUUUAUAAGUAGUGAAUAUGUUUUAAAACUAGAAUAAAUGUUAAGUGAGACAAUAAAAAAAAUUGCAUGUCUUCCAUUGAAAUAAUAGUUAAGACUGUAUAAUAAAUAAAAACGUAAUAUAUCUAAUUAAAUAUAACAUGUUUUGUAAGGGUAUAUAAUUGAAUAAAAAUUACUGCCGUAUUUAUUAUUUGCUUUAAAAAUUUUUUAUUUAUAUUAUUUUAAUUGAGAACUCGAUGUCUAUGUCUUC